UAUUCUUCUCGCACGGCAUUGGUCUAAUUUCACUCAGCCUGCAAAGAAGCUCAAUUCUGAUUGGUCGAUUCUGAAACCGAUGACGCUUUCUAUAGUUGAUCCCUGCACAAUGGCGGAGGUCAGGCUGCGGUUGGUGAGAGGGGCUUACAAGCUUUUAAAACCGCUUUUGGAUAAAGAAUGUAAACCGGUUCCAACGGCAACUUCUGUUGCAGAUUUAAUAAAUUCACCACAGCUCUGUGGGAUUCGAAAUGACCGUGUCCAAGCAGCUAAAAGACCGGCAGCUCUGGCGUCUCCAGACGGGGCUGUGAAGACGCUCUUUGCCCGUGCUUGUGGAGAUACAGACAGCGUGAAAGUGCGGUUAAACCUCAACUCUGGAAAUGUUAGUACAUGGACUGACUGCCAUGGAGCGAAGUUUAAGGCAUCUGUAGUUCACGUGUCCUCCUGGAGGAGCUCGUGUUUGCGAACUUAUGGAAAACUCCCUCUCCUGUCCAGUCCUACUGGCACUCACUUUAAGCGCCAGUUAAGGAGAGCCAUCUAUAAAAAGACUCUUUAUGGACCUCCAAAUGAUUAUUUAGGGAAGUUUAUGUCUUUAACCAGAGCUUAUAGUGGCACACAGGAAAAAGGCAGUCCGUUAUACAAAUCAAAGUCUGCUUAUUAUGAUAUUUUGGAAGUUUCUCCGACCGCCACGCACGUACAAAUCAAGACCGCUUACUAUAAACAGUCCUUCAUAUAUCACCCGGACAAGAACGCAGGGAGCGAGGAGGCCGCGUUCAGGUUCUCUCAGAUCAGCGAGGCCUACAGCGUCCUGGGUAAUAAAGCUCUGAGGAGGAAAUACGACCGUGGGAUCCUGAGUCAAGCUGACCUGCAGGACACCAGCAAACCCGCCGGCAGAGAGAGUCCAGCAUCAGGACAGCAGACCGGGACCCGACACUCCCCUUCUGUUGGAGCCACCCAGCAGAACAUCUCCGACUUUGAUACCUUCAUCAGGUCACACUAUGGAGAGCAACUUAAGAGAGAGCAGGAGAUCCGGCAGCGCAGAGAGGAGAUCAUCAGGAAAAAGGAGGAGCUGUAUGAGGAUAUGGAACUGGGCAGGCUGAAGGAAGUCGCUGUAGGGAUGAUGCUGGUGAUGGCGGCGAUGAUCUUAUUUAGCCUCAAGUCUAGCAAGUGAGGAAGACACGGGAUACUUGAAGCAUAUCUCACAUUUUAACAGUUUAUAGUUAGUUUUGAUGAAAAAGAAUGUGCCAAAUCACACAAAUAUAUGGUACUGAUAUGUCGUAUUUAAUUUUUUUUUUUUUUGCAACAAAUCCUUACCAAAAAGUAAAUACAAAAUACACUUUAAAGUUAUAACUGAUUUUCUUAAAGGGGUUGUUUAAAUUUGGAAAUGUUUCUUUAAAGUGUGUGUGUGUGUGUGUGAAAAUAUUCACAAAAAAAUGCUAUUUGAAAGAUCCUGUAUAAAUCUGAUAUAUAUAUAUAGAGAGCAGUGGUGGUAAACAUUUAAUUGCAACCAAAAUAAGUU